CUUCUCCUCCUCCACUCCACCCGUCAGAAUCAGAUGGCCGUGUUUAGAAGGCCAGCAGAUUGAGAGCGCCACAUCAACCGUAGCAAUUUGGUCAUUUUGUAAUUUUCUCUGGGCAGGUCUAAGAUUUGAAGCCGAUAUUUAAACCCUGACUCUGCUCUCUUUGUUUUCGUGCACCUACAACGAACCAAAACAGCACUUGCACCGACAAGACCUCUCUUCAUUUUGUACAUCUCUCUCUUUACAUUCUCUAUUGCAGAAAGGUACUAAACUUUGAAUAAGAAAAUGGUGAAGAUUUGCUGCAUCGGAGCUGGUUAUGUUGGUGGGCCUACAAUGGCAGUCAUUGCACUCAAGUGUCCAUCAAUUGAGGUGGCUGUAGUUGAUAUCUCUGUUUCAAGGAUCAAUGCGUGGAACAGUGAACAGCUGCCCAUUUAUGAGCCAGGCCUUGAUGGUGUUGUGAAGGAGUGCCGAGGCAGGAACCUCUUCUUCAGCACUGAAGUGGAGAAACAUGUCUCAGAGGCUGAUAUAGUCUUUGUUUCUGUUAACACCCCAACAAAAACACGGGGAUUGGGAGCUGGUAAAGCUGCUGAUCUGACAUAUUGGGAGAGUGCAGCACGUAUGAUUGCUGAUGUGUCCAAGUCUAACAAAAUUGUAGUUGAGAAAUCAACAGUUCCAGUUAAGACAGCAGAAGCAAUUGAAAAAAUUUUGACCCACAACAGCAAGGGGAUCAAAUUCCAGAUCCUCUCAAACCCAGAGUUCCUUGCUGAGGGAACUGCAAUCAGUGAUCUGCUUAGCCCAGAUAGGGUUCUCAUUGGUGGGAGGGAAACCCCAGAAGGCCAGGCAGCAAUUGAAGCAUUGAAGGAUGUUUAUGCUCAGUGGGUACCGGAAGAUCGCAUCCUAACAACCAACCUUUGGUCUGCAGAGCUGUCCAAGCUUGCUGCCAAUGCAUUCUUGGCCCAGAGGAUCUCAUCUGUUAAUGCGAUGUCAGCUCUCUGUGAGGCAACUGGGGCUGAUGUUACCCAGGUGUCAUAUGCAGUUGGCAAGGACACUAGAAUUGGUCCCAAGUUCUUGAAUGCUAGUGUUGGUUUUGGUGGAUCCUGCUUCCAGAAGGACAUUUUGAAUCUAGUUUACAUCUGUGAGUGCAAUGGCCUUCCAGAGGUGGCAGAGUAUUGGAAACAAGUCAUCAAGAUAAAUGACUACCAGAAGAACCGAUUUGUGAACCGUGUUGUAUCCUCUAUGUUUAAUACAGUUUCAAACAAAAAGAUUGCCAUUUUAGGGUUUGCAUUUAAGAAGGAUACUGGUGAUACAAGGGAGACCCCAGCAAUCGAUGUCUGCAAGGGACUGUUGGGAGAUAAGGCCCGGUUGAGCAUCUAUGAUCCACAGGUGACUGAUGACCAGAUUCAGAGGGAUCUUACCAUGAAGAAGUUUGAUUGGGACCAUCCUCUCCAUCUCCAGCCAACGAGCCCCACCACUGUUAAGCAAGUUAAUGUAGUUUGGGAUGCCUAUGAGGCAACAAAAGAUGCCCAUGGUCUUUGCAUUUUGACUGAGUGGGAUGAAUUCAAGACUCUUGAUUACAAGAGGAUUUAUGAUAACAUGCAGAAGCCAGCAUUUGUUUUUGAUGGAAGGAAUGUUGUGAAUGUGGAUACGCUGAGGGAGAUUGGCUUCAUUGUAUACUCGAUUGGUAAGCCACUGGAUGCAUGGCUCAAGGACAUGCCUGCUGUAGCUUAAAAGAGAGGCUGAUUUGGUUUGCUCAUGCUGCGGGUGAACUCGUUGAAGUUAUAGGCUAGCAAUUUGAUUCUUUACUAUUGUCGUUAUUGUUUCUUGCUUUCCCAUAGUAGUUGGGACAGUCAGCAUUACUUUCAUGUUGGAAGCAGGAGGCUCUAUGUUUUGCGACACCUUACAUUGCAUUCAAAUAUAUCUCUGUCACUGUUACUUAUUCUCAGAAAACUUGAUUUGGCUUGUACUUGAUUUUAUGUAUAAUAAUAAUUAGAAUGGUGAAUUCCUGAAAGGUGGAAAA